AUGCUUGCAAUGCAAUAUCAACAACAAACAAAUAAAACACAUCCCAACGGUAGUAUAAUUUCUGGCAUGACCACACUAUCACAUCACAUUCGGGCGCCACGACCUCCAACACGUACCGCUUCCUCCACCAAUCCUUCGUGCAGUUCAUCGGGAGGUAGUGGUGUCGGCGGCGGCGGUGGAAGUAGUAGUAGUGGAGGCGGCGGAGGUGGUUUGAAUUCAAAUCUAAUUGAUCAAACCCCCUCGAAUGGUAGCAGUAGUAGCGGUGUUAGCAGCGCCCCCUCAUCGAAGGGUCAUUCGCAUCAUCAUGGUCACGCUCAUUCACAUACAAGUUCCGCCGUCGAUAAUAUCGGUAUGACAACGACCUCGUCGUCCUCAAGUGCGAUGGGCGGUGGCCAAGGUCACCUGCAGCAACAAGUGCCACAGGCGGCAAUAGAUGAGAUGCGCGUCUGA